AUGGUUAAAAACUAGCCUAAAUAUGCUCUGAGACUUGUCAAGAUUAUUAUAUUUAUAGUAGAUAUACACAAUUAUUUUAGUAACUAUUAACUAUCGAAAGAAUCAAUUUUGUUUUAUAUCACAAUUUAAAUAUGAAGUUGUGGAAUAAAUGUAAAUCACUGCGGCUAUGA